AUGGAUGCCUCCGACGGGUCUCUGCAAGAUGCCCGAAACAUUCUGUACCCAACGCAGGCGUGGUAUUGCAUUGGACUUUUCAUUUUUAUCAUUGCCACCUUCCAGUGGAUUUCUUUCCUUCACUCCAAGUUCGCCUGGAGGCGUCAAACGUCUAGCACGUCCGACCCAGAGCAUGCUUCUGUACACCAUCGCCGCGCUUUUUCUUGGCGUCGCAUUCCAUUGGGACUUGUCAAUGCAUACCGUGUCAUCUCAUUUCGCUGGACACUCGAAUUUGGCAAGUCAUACACCCUCAACAUGGCUGAAGUUUUUGUGACUAUGGCAUACAUCAUUUUUCUUUUUGUAUGGGCAUUUAUCAAUACCACCGACCUCGAGGGCUACACAUUGGACAUUGGAUACUGGUGCGACCGCUCGGGCAUGCUGGCGGCGAGCCAGUUCCCACUGAUCACCGCACUUGGAACUAAAAACAACAUAGUAUCCUUAAUCACCGGUAUCAGCUAUGACAAGGCAAAUAUGUUCACAAUAUUCUUCCUCAACUACGUCCAUCGCAUGAUGUCUAGAGUCGUUUUUAUCUUGCUCUUGGUUCACGCAGGCAGUGAGGUUGUCAACAAUGCACCAUUCCAACCAUACUUCGCGCAGCCGUGGCUCCUAUGCGGCUUAACUUCUAUGGUCGCAUUUACCAUUCUAUGUAUCGUCUCGUUGCGCCCCAUCCGAGCGCAAGCAUACGAGCUUUUCUUCUACGUUCAUUUCGCUAUGGCGCUCAUUUUCCUCAUCGGUGCUUACGUUCACACACAAAAUUUCGCAUUCGCCUUCUGGAUUUACCCCUGUUUCGCAAUCUGGGGAUUAGACCGCCUCAUUCGCUUCCUUCGUCUAGUGGUAUUUAACCACUCAUACUUUGGAUUCAGGUCAGGGUCUACGAUGGAUGCGACCGCUGAAGUCCUAUCAGAUGACUUUGUUCGGUUGCGUUUCCACCGCCCGUCUCAUUUCCACUGGGCGCCUGGGCAAACUGCCUAUCUUAUCAUGCCGUCCGUCUCACGCUUACCAUUCGAGGCUCACCCUUUCACCAUUGCGAGCUUUAAUUCGACCCUUUUUGAUGUGCCCAAGGAACAGAAACCAACAAGCGAAAAACACGCUGAGAUUGGCCUCGCAGAAGGGAAUCUUGGUUCUAGUGUCCCAUUCUGGAAAGAGCUCGUAUUUUUCAUAAAUGUGAGGGAGGGAUUCACUGCCCGCUUGAAAGACGCUGCCUUGAAAGGUGAUAAAAUCAAAGUCUUUGUCGAUGGGCCAUACGGACCGUCUCCUAACCUGGGUUCAUACGAUACAUCCGUGCUCGUUGCUGGUGGAUCCGGAGUCUCAUAUGCGCUACCCGUAUUGUUGGAUAUAAUAGAGCGUGUCCGCGAUGGUGAAAGCAGGUGCCGUCGUGUUGUUUUUAUCUGGUCAAUCCGGCGUCUCGAUCAUAUUCAGUGGAUCAACGAUGUUCUUAUCCGAGCACUCCGGCUUGCACCUCCUUAUUUAUCCAUCUCAAUCCACAUUCACGUUACCGGCGUAGCAAUAACUACUGAGACUUCACUGCAUUCGUUUGGUCAAAAUGAUGGUGCCACACCUGUGCGCGACGAUUCUCGCUCUGAGACGCUGGAGGUGCAGGGUGGGGAAGACAUGGACAUGAGCAACAGCCCCCUUUUCGCUAUAGAGUCGGUCAAGCUAGCACAUGGAAGGCCCGACCUCCGGGCUAUCCUGAGGGAUGAAGUGCAAGUGGCGACGGGCAGGAUGUCCGUCAGCGUGUGUGGCUCACAGGGCAUAGUUCGAUCUGUUCGUGGUGCUCUUCGAUUCCCAGUGUCUAGUCCUCUCAGUGUAGCCAAUGGUGGGCCGAGUGUGACUCUGAACAUCGAGUCGUUUGGUUAUGCUUGAAACAGAGUUUCAACGUCGACAUUGAAACCGUGACAAACCCCUGCGAAAUGAUUACUUCAAGAAAUUCUGGCAGGUUCCGGAAUGGGGAUAUAUGGAAGAAUUCGCUGCUGACUGCCUUCGCAUGUAUGCUAAAUUCUAGAAUGCAGUAGGUUACUUACUAUU